AUGGGUACACGGGUAGUCGCCGUUGCCAUCAUCACUCUGCUCAUCACUGGAUCUACAAUUGGAGAGGGGAAUGGAAGUGGAAGUAGAAGUACCAUUGGAGCUGUCAUUGGAGCCACAGUGGGAGCAGGAAUCGCAUUGGUUGGCCUCCCUGUGAUCUUUGGCACGCUGGGGUUCACCGGGGCCGGCAUUGCCGCCGGCUCCGUCGCUGCCAAGAUGAUGUCGGCAGCUGCCAUCGCCAACAGCGGCGGAGUGGCUGCAGGCAGCACCGUGGCUGUGCUGCAGUCCAUCGGAGCUGGAGGUCUCUCUCUUGGUGCCAAAGUUGGGCUGACAGCUGCCCUCGGCUCAGCUGGCGCAGCAACUGGUGCCUGGCUAACUGAGUGAAAGAAACCUCCAAGUGACCAACCCAAGGAAAAGUAACUUGAGUGACAAACAUGAGGAGGAGAUAACUCCAUACAAGCAAACCAAGAGAAACGAAGCCGGUUGCUGAUCCCAAAGCCGUGCCUUGCACAGUGCAGGUGCUGGGAAACCCCCACAGACCCCUCACAGCUCUGCCUCCCCUUUCAAAAGCUUUGGAUUGUUGUGAGCAGUGAUUUCCCUGAAGCCAAUAAAAGUGCUUUGCUUGCAGCAGA